AUGGGAACAUUUCUCAGCUGUUUCACGUUCUCGGGGAUCACGAGAUCUCAGGGGAUCAUCCUAGAGGCUCUGGUCAAGUACUAUGGUGCCACUACGUCACAGGCUACCAUGCUGACCACAGUGUCCAUGCUCUGUCUCACAAUAUUCAGUCUGUUCGGCACCAUGCUCGGGGAGCUGUACACAGCUCGCGUGGUUGUCAUGGCAGCCGGUGUCAUCGCUUGUACAGGGAUGUCACUGGCCAGCCUCGGAUUCAGCGUCCCGUACAUUGCCGUUACGUUUGGCGUCGGUCUGGGCACCGGUAACGGGCUGAUGUACGGGAACUGUCUAGCUAUGGUUGGAGCGUAUUUCCAAAAGAAGAGAGCUUUGGCCAACAGUAUGGCGUUGUCCGGGGCUAGCCUAGGUCAAAUGGCGAUUCCUCCAUUCAUCGGCGUCAUCGUUGAGGAAUACUCCGUGAAGGGAGCUCUUCUGAUUCUGGGUGGCGUGUACCUGCAAAUCGUCAUUGUUGGCGCUCUUUUUCGCCCAAUCUCUGUUAUCAUCACACCGGAAACGUCCCUUGAUGUGUUGCUGAGCAUCCGCUCGUUAGACAAAGGAGAGUACGAUCCAGAAAGGAGAGAACUCAGUAUUUCUCCUGAUGACGCGUCCUCGGUACUAAGCGAUGAGAGCCAACAAAGGUUUGUCGACAUCCUGAAAAAUAAAGUUCAUCGAGAAGAAGGAAUGAUCAAUAAAAUUGCAAGCUUUGGCGGAAGCACGACGAGUAAAAUAUUUUUCCCGUACGCAAGUGGACAUAACAUAAUGUCUGCGUCGCUUGCCAAUCUACAACGCAUCAACCAUAAAGUAGAAAUUGCUAUGAGCCAAAUAAUAUCCAUCGAGUCCAUUGACGAGGAGAGGGAAUGUACAAGAUACUGUGGAUGUUGCUGCCGAUGGAAUAUACCAAAAGUCAUCGACUUUUCCGUUUUGAAAAACUUCAAAGUUUUAUUCUUCUGUGUGUUUUACUUCGGACUGCAAUUCACCGCGCUUGACUUUGCCUUGUUUUUGCCAUCCAUCGUAGCCGAUAGAGGGAUAGAUGAUUACCGGGCAGGCCUGCUACUGUCGAUAGGUGGCGUUGCGGAUCUGAUAGGCCGCCUUACGUGCGGCAUCGUCGCUAACUACGGACUUUGCGCGCGCUACAAAAUCGUUGCGGGCUGUGCAGUAACAAUGGGUAUAAAUGUCUUGGUUUUCCUGACUGCUAAUGCGUAUUGGCAAAUGGCCAUUCAGUAUGCAAUUAGCAACGCAACCUUAGGUGCCAAUGUGGCUUUGCUACCUCUGGUGGUGAUAGAAUCCCUGGGACUUGAACUCCUACCCAAGGUGCUUGGGUUAAUCUUGUUCUCAGCAGGAUUAGGUCCGUCUUUCGGACAAGCCGUGUUAGGAUUGUUGAAAGACCAGACAGGUGGUUUUGAUGCCGUGCUGAUUCUACUUGGGAUCACGGGCAUUCUAUCUGGUGUGCUGUUAGUCUUCUACCCGUUUGUGAGGCGGCUGGAGGAUAGACGUGAGCGGAAGAGGAGGGAGGACGAGGUGAAGAGAAAACAGAAACUACAAAGAUAA